GGUUUCUGGUCUAAGUUUGUUUCCGGAUGUUCAGCUGGCGUUGGGGACGAAAAAAAAAAAUGGCUGCGAUGUUUACGUGUUGUCUAGGCUGCUGCGGAGAUGGCGGAUCGGGGCAUAUUCCCCUCAAAGAAAUGCCCACAGUUCAGUUAGAUACUCAUCACAUGGGCACAGAUGUUGUCAUUGUAAAGAGUGGCCGAAGGAUAUGUGGCACCGGAGGCUGCCUGGCCAACGCUCCUUUGCAUCAGAACAAAAGUUAUUUUGAGUUUAAGAUCCAGUCCACUGGUGUGUGGGGAGUAGGUGUGGCAACCCAGAAAGUGAAUCUCAACCAAGUGCCUUUGGGCAGAGACACAAACAGCCUAGUGCUGAGGCACGAUGGCUCCAUUUACCACAAUAAUGAAGAGAAGAAUCGUCUACCUGCUAACAGCAUUCCUCAGGAGGGGGAUAUUGUGGGUAUCACAUAUGACCACGUGGAGCUGAAUUUAUAUCUGAAUGGAAAGAACAUGCAUUGUCCUGCCUCAGGGAUCCGAGGCACUGUAUACCCUGUUGUUUAUGUGGAUGACAGUGCCAUCUUAGACUGCCAGUUUAGUGACUUCUAUCACACACCUCCACAAGGAUUUGAGAAGAUCCUCUUUGAACAACAAAUCUUCUAAAGGAGCUCUUCAGCCUCAGCCUCUAUAUAUGUGGUCACCCUCCUCUAUAUCUCUUAGCAACCUCUGUGUCACUACAGUUUGACCUUAUUUGGGUAGUAUCAUUAUGUGUGGCUUUGGAGGCAUCUUGUUUCGUUUCCCCCAGUUUACUCUGUCUCUCUACUGCUGCUCUGGAUUGACUUUGGAGUAUCCUUGAAGAAGUGGGGAUUUCUCUUCCUUGUUCCGCUACAAUCGGCUGUCACAGUCCAUGCUGAUGGAAAGCUGUAAAAUCACUAACUUAUGUCAAUGGUAAUCAAUCUGUAUUAAUUGAAAACCUUUCAGUUGCUGCUUGAAUCCAUAAUACGUGUGUGUGUGUAGAUAACAGACAAUGGAUGUAAUGGUGUGUUCCCCUUUUUCAGGAUCAGAAGCCAUGUGUUAUUGACAUUGCUUUAUAUAUAUAUGUUUCUGCAUAUGUAUCAUCCUAAAUAUCAUACUGACAUCUCACUGUACACACUGUAUUUAUUUGACUUCCAGAUCAAAGUUUAGCAUCUUUUUGGGAUAUUUUGACAUGUAUUUUGUUUUGGCCAGCAGGCAUUGGAGACCCAAUGAAGGGUCAGCUGUCAGUUAUAUCACAUUAACUGUUAAGUUGCCUUCUUGAAUUAUCAUACAGUUAAGACAUGGAGAUACUGCAGCACCUUUCCAAUUAUGUCAUUGCAUUAUUUAGACUUGAUAGGGAAGAUUAAUGCAAACAAAAAAACCAGUGCACAUUCCAGGGAGACACCCAGUGUCUGACACAAAUUUAUGGUGUGGUACUGGAAAUGUUUUACAUUGAAAUAUUUCUGAAAUGGCAGACACUAAUAUAUAUAUAAAUCACUUCCUUGAACAGCCCUUUUCUGGUCCUGAAACUUUGCAGUGUAUUUAUUUUAAUGAUCAGAAUAUUUCCAGAGCUGGUGCUGGUUGUCUCUGCUUAGAGAUGCAUCAAAAACGUCGAGUUAUCGUGAUGUACCGGCAUUGCAUAUCUGCUGCUGAAAGUGUGACAAAUAUUCCAGAUGCUUGUCCUUGUUUGCACUAAUGUUAUUGUACAAAACCAAAUAUUGUUGAUUCAUUAAAGUUUUAUGUCUGGCGGCA